AUGGACGGUGCAGAGCCAGUCGUGGUGCCACGUCCAGCCGCCAGCAUGGGUGCACGCCCUGCUGCUCCUCCUCCUAACCCUCCACACAGACAGCACUCCUCCUCGGCAGCAGAGCAGGACGGCGAGGACAUUUGCCGAGUGUGCCGCUUGGAAGCAACGCCAGCCAUGCCGCUCUACCAUCCAUGCAAGUGCACGGGAUCCAUCCGACACGUCCAUGCAGACUGUCUGCAGCAGUGGCUCGAGCACGCGGGAACAACGCGCUGCGAGCUGUGCGGAGUUCGGUUCUCGUUCAGGCCGGUCUACGCGUCCAACGCCCCGGCACAGCUGUCCACGGUUGAACUCGCCUAUGGCACUGUCGUGAAUGCAUGGAAUGCUGGUCUCAAGGGAGGUCGCUAUGUCCUCGUUCUCGCCUGCUGGGGCGGUCUUGUUCCUUACAUUACCGGCUGGGUGGCCGAAUUUAUGCCAUCCGGAUCGACAGGCGCUCACCACAUUGCCUUCACUAUCGGCAUUGGAGGAAUGCUGUGUCUGUUGAUGACUGGCGUUGUGCUAAGCAUCAUCAGCAUGCGCGAAUUUUUAAACUCCCGGCCCUACUUGCUCAAUCCAGAGCUUGAUGAUCCACCAAACGCUGGAGAGCACCAACCCGAACAGCGGCGAAGGGGACGUAUGGAGCGAUUGCGGCGUGCGCAGCAGAUUGUGCAUGGAAAUGGCCGCGCUCCGGCUCAUGCCGAGAAUGCACGAGUUGCUCCGCCGCAGCCGCAGCCAGCGGCAGCAGCAGCAGAAGACAACAAUGCAAACAACGAUGACGCAGCUGCAGCCCCACCUGCUGAUGCCCCGGAAGACGUGCAACAACAGCCUCUCAUCCGAUUGCGAGCGGUGGAUUUGCUUCCCGACGAGCAAGAUGCCCUUCAACAGGCUCGAGAGGCGCAGCAACAAGCAGCAGCGGCUGCCGCUGCCGCAGCACCCCAACUUGACGGCAAUCAGCAGCCAGCUGCUGCCGCUGCUGCCGACGACGACGACGAGAUGGAUUGGGAAGAUAUUGAUGCUGAGCCUGCGAACGCGCAAGCCGCCGGCGACGCAGCGAAUGUCGCGGCCAUCGCCAAUGAACUGAUGCAAGAGCAAGAUGACGCACGGCUCGCUGCUCAGCUCGCUGUCGAGGAAGACGAGCGGGGCAUGGAGCAACUCGAAGACCUGAUUGGGCUGCGAGGCAACAUUUCUCAACUCGUCACAAACGCCACCGUGUUUACGGGCUGUGCGCUUGUGUUUAUUUGCUGCUUUUUCGUCAUGCCCGCCUAUCUUGGAGCCGGUUUUCUCUUUGUGGCCAAUCGGCGUAUGGAGCUCGACUUGCUUUCCAGUGUGAUUGCCGUCUCGCCCCUUUUGGCCAAUCUCCUCGUCGGCUGGACGCUCUCCAUUUCCAGCGAAAUUGUUGUCCUGGCAAUCGUGCUCUCGAUUGACAGCCAGUCCGAGCUUUCCACCAGGCUUGUCGAAGUGCUCGUCUUUCUUCGCGCCUAUCUCCGCGUCACCCUGCUCACCCUGACUGAAAUUCUCCUCUUCCCACUGUUCACGGGCUGGUGGCUUGACCUCUGCACCCUCUCCCUGUUUGACAAGACGCUGGCCGACCGCCGGGCCUUCUUCUAUGCGCAUCCGUUCGUCUCCUCCUUCUACCACUGGCUCUUCGGCAUGUGCAUGCUGUUCAACUUUGCCGAGUUUGUGGCCAUCGUGCACAGUAUUGUGCGGCCGGGCAUGCUAUGGUUUUUGCGUCACCCGAGCGACCCAAACUUCCGGCCGAUCGCCGACAUGAUCCAGCUGAGCCUCUUCCGUCACGCGCGUCGUCUGUGCCUCUCUGCGGCCAGUUACGGCAUUCAGGUUUUCUUGGUGGUGUGGCUACCUGUCCAAUUGAGCUGCUGGAUGUUCAACUGGCAAGAAUUCCUGCACCAAACCGCGUCGAAUGCAACAUUCGUCAACUCGACCGCGUCUUCUUCUUCCGAAGCGUGGAAUCUCGCCGAGCUGAACGCAACAAGCAACCUUCAUGACGCCCUGGCGCUGGAUAUGCCAGACCACGCACUCGCGGGUCCCGAUAUGUCUUUGCGCAAGGCGAUGGACAUGACCUUGGGCAUUCCAAUCGGGCUCUUGUUUUACAUUUCAUCCUUCCGACUGCUGCGCCUGCUGAUUGAUCUCGACUAUGUUGUCGAGGUGAGCGUUGAUGUCUGGCUGGAGGUUGUGAGCAGCGUUCUCGGGCUCCGUGCGUACUUUUUCGGUGACAAUGUCGCCGCCAUGGUCGCCAACGAUCCCAACGCCGAGCCUGCAGCUCCUCAGAAUGCUGCUCGCGAGAAUGUCCAGCGUCCACAGGCAGCAGAGCCGCAGCCUCCACGCGAGCAAGGACCACCUCUCGACUUGAACCAGCUGGUGGACGGAUGGCUGCUUGGGAACAACAACAACAACAACGCCCAGGCUGCGAAUGACGAUGAGAAUGAACUGGACGCCGUGGAUGCUCAAGAUGAUGCUCUCGACGAAGCCGAUUUUGAGGACGACGACGACGACGAAAAUGACGAGGAUGAGAAUGGCGUGGACAAUCCCGCAGCUGCAGCCGCGGGCGGUGACGAUGACGGUCGUCCUCAGAACGUCCCGUACACUCGCCCAAAGUUCUUUGCGGCACGCGUUAUCGUGGCGCUCGGGCUUCUCUGGCUGACCUUUUUCUUGCUGUACUCGUUUGUCAUCUCGAUCAUCAUGGGCAUCAGCCAGGCGGUGGUUCAAAAGUUUGAGCUUCGCUUGCCGCCAAUGCAAGUGUUGGAGAUUGGUUUGACUGGCGUCGUCUGCUGUGCGCUGGCAAUUGCAUCGGCAGUGCGUUUGGCAAUGUGGCGCAGUCCUAUGCCGAUUCUAUCGCUCUUGUCGCGUGGUUUGGCGAUGCUCACUGCUUUCGUCCUCCUUUUAUCUGGCAUUCCGAUGCUUACGGGUCUGCUGAGCACCUACACGACGGGCUUUUUCUUCAUCAAGCUGGUCCUGAGCUUGAUGAUUUGUUUGGGCCAUCAACAACUCCCGACAGCUCUCUAUCAUCACCUUGUUGCCACUUGGGCGGAGAUUCCAGCCGUUGCACGCUUUUCCCUGCGCAUUACAUGGUUUUUGGCUCUGCUUCUUGCGAUUCCCUACGUAGCCACGCAUGUGCUUUUGCUCCGAGUCUUUGGCGCGUCGUUGUCCACAUUCGCUCUGUUCGACCGCCUCGUCUACCCUGUCUCUACCGUCCUGAUUCUUGCGCUCGCCUUCCGCCAGCGCUUGAUGAAGCAAGCGCGACGCUACCGCGAACGCAUUCAUCGUCAGCAAUACGAAGUGCGAAGGCAACUGCUCAACCACGACGAAGUCCCAAGAGCGCGAGCCAACUAA